AUGGACGUGGUCAAACUGAAAAAGGAAAAGAAGGAGAAGAAAGAGAAGAAGGAAAAGAAGGAGAAAAAGGCCACCAAAGAAGAGACAGCUGCCACGACAAGUACGCAGGCGGAGGGUGCUGAGGAGAAAACGAAGAAGCGGAAGCGUUCGAAAGAGGAGACCAGCGAAACCGCCGUCCACGAGGGAAAGAGCGAAAAGUCGAAGAAACGAGCUCGCAAAGUCGAAGAAUCAGCAACACCAGAGGCAAACGAGAAAGACACUGCGAGUGACAUCGGCGACGAUGAUGUGCCAGUAGAAUUCCGCCUCUCUACGUAUAGCCUCUCAAAGUCGACAUUGCUAUCUCUCGCUGAGCGCGGCGUCACACAGCUCUUUCCCAUACAGGCUGCCUGUUUCAAUCACAUCAUGGAAGGAAAGGAUGUUCUUGGUAGGGCUCGAACUGGAACCGGGAAAACGCUUGCCUUUUCCUUGCCCAUGGUGGAGAUUUUGAAGAAGGAGCGGGCUUCCAACCCAGCGUCCUUCAACGCCCGGGGAAGAGCCCCUAAGGUUUUGAUCAUGGCCCCGACUCGAGAGCUGGCCAUGCAAGUCCAUAAGGAGUUUGACUCGAUCUCGAGCGGAGAGUUGAAAUCGGUUUGCGUUUACGGCGGAACGCCAUAUGAUCCGCAGUACUAUGCCAUGAAAGAAGGUGUCGACGUGGUUGUGGGCACGCCUGGGCGCCUUAUCGAUCAUAUCGACCGAGGAAACCUGAAGCUUGCGAACCUGCGGUUCAUCUGUCUCGACGAGGCAGACCAGAUGUUGGACAUUGGCUUCGCGGAGGCCAUGGAAAAAGUCUUGCAGACGUUAAAGGAGCAUAAAGCCGCGGUCGAGUCGGCACCGACACAUCAGACGCUACUGUUCAGUGCCACCAUUCCGGACUGGGUAGCUCAGGCAAUUGCUAAAUACAUGAGACCCGAUAAAGUUACCAUGGAUCUCAUUGGGCGCGACAAGCACAAAACGUCGAACACGGUUACGCAUUAUGCUAUUCCUUCGAGGUGGCAAAAUCGGACAGAUGUGUUGGGAGACAUUAUAGCCGUCUAUGGGCGGGGAGGCCAUGCCCGCACGAUGGUUUUUGUGGAGACAAAGGAGGAAUGCAAUGAACUGAGUUUGAACGAGAAGAUCGUCGCAUUCGGCGCCCAAGCUCUUCAUGGUGACGUUCAGCAGAAAUCACGCGAGGUUUCCAUGCAAGGAUUCCGAGACGGCAAGUUCAAGUGUCUCAUCACAACAAACGUGUGUGGACGCGGUGUCGACAUCGAAAACGUCGAGCUAGUCAUCAACGUCGAGCCGCCAAGUAACGUGGAGGAUUACAUCCACCGAUCCGGACGCACAGGACGAGCUGGACGAGACGGCAAAUGCAUCACCUUCUACAAACCUCAGCAAGAGUACCUCCUGAACAACAUCGCCAAGCGCGCCGGUGUCGAGUUCCAGAAGAUCGGGGCUCCCCAGGCGAGCGAUAUUGUGGCUGCGCGCGCAAAGGACACACUGGAGCAAUUCCAGAACGAUGUCCAUCCGGGCGUUCUCUCGUAUUUCCAGCCUAUCGCUGAAGAAAUCUUGGCCGCCUUUGAAGGAGAUGCCGUGAAAGCCCUGAGUUCCGCUCUUGCGGUCAUCUGCAACACCACGAAACCACUGCCCCCGCGAUCGCUCCUGUCAGCGAAUGAGGGCUUCUACACCAUGCUCUGGCGUCUGGAACAACCGAUCAGGAACGUCGGGUACGUCCGCUCCAUCGUUUCCAAGACGUUCCCAGGGAUGACCUUCGACGACACCUACAACUGGCGGAUGUGCGCGGAUGCGCAGGGUGUUGUCGUCGAUUUUAAAUCGGACAAAGUGGAGAUUCUGGAAAGCGGACAUUUGAAGAUUGCCGGUGUAAAAUGGAUGAAUGCCCGUGGUGUCACCCUCGAGAUUGCAACGGAGCUGCCGGAGUUGGAGGAAAGCCGCCAUGCAGCGCCCGGCGCCGCCCAAGGAGGUUAUGGAGGUGGUUAUGGGGGUGGUUACGGUAGGGGCGGCUAUGGAGGAGGUUCUUCCCGAGGAGGGUACGGAAGCGGAGGUGGUAGGGGCGGGUCCAGCGGUGGUCGCGGAGGCUACUCAAAUGGAGGUGGUAGAGGAGGUUACGGCGGCGGCGGUCGAGGGGGCGGGGUUGGGGGACGAGGACGAGGCAGAUAG